AUGGCGCGUAUCCUCUGCAGCGACCCCGUCGAUCCCGUGUGCCCCGAACUCCUGCGCGCUGCAGGCCACGACGUCACGUGCAGCUCCUCCAGACUCUCUCAUGCCGAAUUAGUGGCGCAAGUGCCGGACUACGACGUGCUGAUCGUGCGCUCUGGCUCCAGAGUGGACCGUCAAGUACUGGACGCUGCACAGAAGCUGCAGCUCAUUGGCCGCGCGGGUACGGGGGUGGAUAAUAUUGACCUGGUGAACGCGACGAAGCAGGGUGUGUUAGUGCUGAACACGCCGUCUGGCACGACGAUCUCAGCUGCAGAGCUCACACUGGGUCUCAUUGCUGCAGUCUCUCGCCUGGGACAGACAGACGGUGCAAAGCUGGUCGUGCGCAACUCGAAAAUCCAUGGCAAAACGCUCGGACUUGUUGGUCUUGGCCGCAUUGGCCGGGAAGUUGCUACUCGAUGCAAUGCCUUUGGCAUGAAUGUCAUCGGCUAUGACCCUAUUCUGUCCAAUGCCAGCGCCAAGAUGCAUGGCAUUGAGCCCGUAUCGCUGGACGAACUCUUUUCCCGUAGCGACUACAUUUCUCUCCAUGUACCGCUGAAUGCCAACACGAAACACUUGGUAAAUGCACAGCGGCUGGGGCUUUGUAAAGAUGGUAUUAAGGUUGUGAACGGAGCAAGGGCAGGGUUGAUUGACCACUCGGCGCUGCUGGAAGCUAUGGAAAGCGGCAAGGUGGCGGGUGUGGCCUUUGACGUUGACCCACCGUCGCCUGCGUCGGAGACUUGGAAGAAACUCAUGAGUCACGAGAAUGUGAUUGUGACACCGCACAUUGGUGCGCUGACUACCGAUGCACAAAAAAAAGUAGCGCGUGACUUGGCUUACAAGGUAAACGACGCGCUAGCAGGCAAGUCUUUUAAGGGUGUGCUUAACGCGCCUAACAUUGAUUUUGGCAAGCGCGAGGAGUUCAUGCCUUUACUGUCACUUGCCGAAAAGCUUGGCAGCAUGCAGGCGCAGCUGCUGGACGACAGUCGUCUCAAGCGCGUACUUGUCAUUGCGGAGGGACCCAAGGUCACAUCGUCUGAGCUCUCGGGACAGCUGGUAAAGGGUGUGAUGAAGGGAUUGCUAUCGCACAUGCUGGAGGAGGAGGUGACGUUUGCAAACGCGAAACAACUAGCUGACGUCAUGGGCAUCCAAACUGUGGAGCACAAGCACGACGAAGCCUCUGGCAGCAGCUUCUCGGACCAACUUACUGUUAUCUUUGAGAAGGAGGACGGUACGUCGAAGAAGAUCACGGGCACGGUGUUUGGCAAGGACCAGCUGCGUUUUGUGUCUUUCGACGAUCUUCCCAUGGAUGCCAUUCCGAGUGGAUCCAUGCUACUGUUCAAUAACACUGACCAGCCUGGUGUGCUGCAUAAAGUGACUUCAGUGCUAGCAAAGCACGAGAUUAACAUUGGCUGUUUUGGUCUGGCGCGAGAAGAAUUUGGCACCGCUGCUGUUGGUGUGCUGAAUGUUGACGAGGCCAUUCCCGACACCGUUAUAGAGGAACUGGAAGGGCUGGGCAUGCUCACCAAUCUUCGUCGUGUGAACUUGCUCGGGCUAGACACGACCCUCCCUGAUCGCAUAUGGAAGAAGUUCUUGAAGCCGAGCGCGGGCGCUGUCGACGAAGGAGCUGCUAGAGCAGCAAAAGAAGCUGGAGUUGCUGUUGUGCACCACCCGAAACCACGCGCUAAGCCGACGUCACCGAACUUUGGCUCGGGACCUUGCAAGAAACGCCCAGGUUAUUCACUCCGUUCUAUUCCUGAAAUCGUUCUAGGACGUAGUCACCGUUCGAAGCUCGGCAAGGGUUUGCUUGAGGAAGCCAUUGUGCGCUCAAAAGAGAUUUUGAAGCUUCCGGAAGAUUACCGUCUCGGAAUCGUGCCAGCCUCGGACACUGGUGCAUUCGAGAUGGCAAUGUGGUCUAUGCUGGGUGAACGUCCCGUGGAUGUGUGCUAUUGGGAGUCAUUCGGUAAGCAGUGGUUCAAGGAUGUUACUACGGAGCUCAAACUUGACAACGUGAGAGAGUUUAGUGCACCGUUUGGCCAAAUCCCAGACCUCACUCAAGUGAACUGUGACCACGAUGUGCUGUUCACGUGGAACGGCACUACCAGUGGUGUUCGCGUUCCUAACGCCGACUGGAUUCCAAACGAUCGCAAGGGUCUUAUUUUUAACGAUGCCACGUCAGCUGCGUUUGCCAUGGACAUUCCGUGGGACAAGAUCGAUGUGUGCACGUUUAGUUGGCAGAAGGUGCUUGGUGGCGAGGGUGGUCACGGCGUCAUUAUCUUGAGUCCCCGCGCAGUGGAACGUCUGGAGUCGUUCGUGCCUGAGGACCGCCCGAUUCCCAAGAUUUUCCGCAUGACAAACGCUAGUACGGGCAAGCUUCUGGAAGGUAUCUUCGAGGGUAGCACCAUCAACACGCCGUCAAUGUUGUGCGUCGAGGACUACCUUGACGCCCUGCGCUGGGCCGAGAGCGUUGGGGGCCAGGACGGACUGAUUGCAAUUUCGCAGCGCAACUUGAAGGUGAUCGAAGACUUUGCUGCCGAUAACUCAAGAUGGUUUCGAUUCCUCGCGGCCAAUAAGGAGACUCGUUCCAGCACGUCCGUAUGCGUGCUGAUCGACGGUCUGUCGAAAGAGGAGGUAAAGCAGAUGCAGGUGCUGCUGGAGCGCGAACAGGUUGCGUAUGACGUGGGUUCAUACCGAGAUGCUCCGCCCGGACUGCGUAUCUGGUGCGGCGCUACGGUAGAGACCAAAGACCUGGAAGCUCUGUUGCCGUGGAUCAAGUGGGCAUACCUCGAGGUGAAGAGCGCCCGAGACGCUAAGACCGAGGAGGUUGGCGAGUAG